GAUACCGACACAUUCUUGACACAUGAUGCAUGGAUUUGCAUGUCUUUGAAGUUGGUUGUAUGAUUUUGUCAUCAUUUGUGUGAUCUACUAUACUCUAAAUUGUUGACACGUAAGAAGGAGAAUUUAUAAAGCAAGCAGAUCAUAUAUAAUUUUUAAUUUUAAUUCGUCACUUUGAUCAGACAUCUUUAUCCAUUUGUCUUGUAACUUAUAGAUGUUUAUGGUGCAAUUGAAGUGGGAACACAAACUUAAGUUUGAGGGGAAAACAAAAUGGCUCAAAGAAGAAGAGUUGAGAAUCCUGUUGUAGAUGUAUCAAUAUCAGACGAUGAGUCAUUCAGCUUCGUUUUCCACAAAGCUGCUGCAGAACUCACUAAGCUCUACUCCUUAGCUGUUGAUGGGCAUGUUGCUUUUGAUGCUGGUGCAAGACAUGCCUAUACGGGAGUGUACGAGUGGAUCCAGUUGCAGCUGCAAAACGGAAUGUUGCUUACUGCAGCUGACAUAUGUUCUUAUCUACAGGACAAACUAAAUCAGCUAGAUAGCGAUGUGCUCAAUGCACAGCAGCUUUCAGAAGUAGAACAGUCAGCUAAUGAAAUGGUGCCGGAGAAUGAUAUGAACAAUGCACAUCAGCUGCCAGAACCGUUGGCAAAUGAAACUGAAUCAGGGGCAUCGGAUGAUACUAAUACAAAUCCAUCUGCUUCUCAGGUUCAGGAAAUGGAGAUCAACUAAUGAAAACUCUUUCCUUAUCCUUCAGCAAGCUAUGGACUGAUAGGAUCCUGUUUAGCUCUCUCUAUGCGAGCCUGUUAGUUUUAAAUUACAAUCUAAACUUGGUGCUACUGAACUGUGUGGUUAAGUUAAUGUUUUGUUGAUUUAAAAUCAAAUGUGAAUUUACAAGUAUCUAGCAAAAACUGGAAAGAUGCUUAAAUCCAGGGACGGAGGGACACCGGGGGCAGUGGGGGUAAUUGCACCUAGUAGCUCAUAAGUGCUUUAAUAUUUCCGUUAGUUAAUUUUAGUAAGUGUAGCUUUGCUCCCAUGGUUGCUGUAACUCUUUUAAAUUGAU